AAAAAGCUUCUUAUCUAACUAAGCAAUAACCAGAGGCACUGAAAGCUUCAUAAAAAAAAUAAAAAAUGGCGACCUUAACUUCUUCUACUCUGCAACUCACAAAAUCAAACCCUUUCUUCUCAAAAUCUCCUCUCAAAUUCCACGCGCCGUCGUACUCCUCCUUCACUAUACGCGCCACCACUGAAGAAUCUUCACCUUCCGAAACCGACGAACAAACCACCGUCGAUUCAUCCUCCGAUCCCGACAGUUUCGAGAAUCGUCUCUCCCAAGUCCGUCUCCGGUACCGUAGCGGAACAGGGAAGAAAGCGGAGGUACGAAAAACUCGAAAGGGCAAAAAAGGUUCAUCUGGAUCCGGAUCCGGAUCCGGGUCGAGCGUGUUUCUCCCACCAAUUCCUCUAAAGGAACCUGUUUCCGAAGGCUUACCCGUUGAAUUCGGGUUUAGCCCGUUUUCGGAACGGGUCAAUGGACGGAUCGCCAUGCUUGGAUUAUCCGCAUUGCUGCUGGUGGAGCUUGCAACAGGUAAGAGUGUAAUUAAUUAUCAUACGCCGGCGAUUGUGUUCAUUCAGGUUUAUUUUGUCGCCGCCGUAGCGGCGGUGUAUUUGAAGAAUGAGAAAGAGAAAGUUAGCGUUUGGCCUAAAUAGUUGAGCUGCCGUUGUUGAGUUCUCUGAGAUUUUUUUUGAAUUGGAUGUCUGUAUGAUAAACUUCUCACAGUUUGUUUUGUUUUAGUAUAUAUCUAAUUGAUUGUAUCGAAGCAACGGUAAAAUUGAUUCCUUUAUUAUUUACAGAUUACGAGUUUGAGUUGUGAAA